AACUUGGCGCUGUUGUACUUGUCAUUCAGACAUCCUAGGAGUCUAACACGACCAGGAGUCAGCCAGCGCCGAACUACAGUGACAGUUUUGAGUCUAAACCGCGUCCUCGUUGUUGAGGAAGGUCAAGCUACUACCUUUAGCCGUUGAAAGAGGAAAAGUGUGAAGAGAAAGCGGCAGCUGGGGGCUCUGCUGCAGCAUGCAGAUGUAAGCUCAGACAUCAGAGACCCUGUGCUACCACUGCAACGCUGGACUGGUGACAUCCUCUUCAUCCCCUUCAUCGUCAUCCUACAUGCUCGUACAUGAAGAGAGGUGAGAAACCCGAAGGAUACAGGCAUAUGAGACCCAAAACGUUCCCCGUCAGCAACUACAGUGGCAACAGCCAACAGAUGCUACAGGAAAUACGGAACAGCUUGCGCAACCUGUCCAAACCCUCCGACCCACCUAAAGUGGACACUGGCGGACAAGGGAAGAUGCACCCCGAGGAUUCAAGGCAGCUGGGGCGCAGCAGCAACCCCAGAAAUCCCCACUUCAAGACCUUACAGGAGAUCCGCGAGGCCCUAAUGCCUUUUAAGAAUGAGCCCAAUACUUCAGGCGCAGAUAUGAACAAACACAUGCAGCGGGAACCCUCUUUUCCGGGGUUCGAUGAGCCAAGCAUCAGUCGUGGUGUAGGGCCGGCUACAGACUACAUGGGUAAGGUGAGCUACCAGGACCCACUGAGGGAACAGAUGGCUGUUUCCAACCCUAGCACUGCAGGCCUCAAACCCCCAGCUGUAGGUUCUUCUCACAUGCAGCAGACUGUGCUGAGGAGGCCAAGCUGGAAGGGCUCUAAGGAGUCUCUGGCCCCUCGACAUGGUCCCCUCAUGGUGGAUGGAAAGAUGUACCGGUCUGACAGCCCUGGACCACCUCCUGCCUUCCCACAGGGCCAUCCUGGGAACAGCCAGAGGGUCAACCCUCCGCUCCUGCCUCAGGUGCGCAGCGUCACACCUCCACCAAACCGGGGUACCAUGCCUCCUGCCUCAUCCUGGGACAGCAACCCAUCGACCAAACGCUACUCGGGAAACAUGGAUUACCUUGUGCCCCGCAUCUCUCCAGUACCCCAGGGAGCGUGGCCUGAGGGGUACCCAAGUGCAGCACCUCAGAACCAACGUGGGAUCAGCCCAGUGCCCAUGAGCCACCAGCCUAUCAUAAUGCAAAGCUCUGGGGGGAAUAAGUUCACCUUCCCCCCUAGCUGGCCUCAGAACAGCUCCCCUCAGCCUGACUACAAGACAGGGGGCAGCAGGCAGCCCCCUCCGCCAUACCCUGUCAACCAGAGCAGCCGGCACAGUCCCACUGACCAGCAGACAGGAGGACCUGCAUCCUCACCUUCUUACAUAAAUGGAGGGAACCUUGACUUGUACAAUGUAGGUCCUCCUCAGUCCUGGUCCCAGGCUCCUCUGGGAUCCAACCAGCCCCAGUCUUCCUCUGGCAACAGCAGCAACCAGGACCUGUCUCCAUCAUGGCAGCACAACAUUCCAAUCCGCUCCAAUUCUUUCAACAGCCAUCAGCUGAACAGCAGACCCACUCACCCAGCCAGCUCACAGCCCUCUGCCACCACCGUCACCGCCAUCACACAGGCUCCUAUCCUGCAGCCAGUGAAAAGCACACGUGUCCAGAAACCUGAAUUGCACACUGCUGUCGCUCCCACACAUCCUCCAUGGAUGCAACAGGUUGCACCACCUCCUGCUGCACCCGCCUACCCAGAACCUUCAACCUCGGUCCCCCAGAUCGUAGCAGAAGUACCCAGCUACCAGGGACCCCCUCCUCCAUACCCUAAGUAUCGCCUCCCACCGCAGGCUGCACCCUGCCCACCAGCAUAUGACACAGGAGCCAACAAGCUUAGUGCAGGUAGAGAGGAUCCUGCUGAAGAGGAGAGCUGUAGUGGCGGGGACAGUUCCAGGGAGAAGACCUCAGAAAGCCCUGAGGGCGGUGUAGCAACAGAGAAGGAGAAGAAGCAAAUCACGACAUCACCUGUUCCCGUCCGUCGCAACAAGAAAGAGCGGAGAGGGGAAUCGGGAAGAGUCGCUUUGUAUUCCCCACAGGCCUUCAAGUUCUUCAUGGAGCAGCACAUAGAGAACAUCCUGAAGAAUCACCAGCAGCGGAUUUGCAGGAGGAAGCAGCUGGAAAAUGAGAUGCAAAGGGUGGGUUUGUCUUCAGAAGCCCAGGAGCAGAUGCGUAUGAUGCUCUGUCAGAAGGAAUCCAACUACAUCCGGCUAAAACGAGCCAAGAUGGAUAAAUCAAUGUUCAAACGGAUCAAGACUCUUGGUAUCGGAGCCUUCGGUGAGGUUUGCUUGGCCAGGAAAGAGGACACGGGAGCGCUGUAUGCCAUGAAGACUCUUCGCAAGAAGGACGUGCUCCUGAGAAACCAGGUGGCUCACGUCAAGGCUGAGAGGGACAUUCUGGCGGAGGCUGACAACGAGUGGGUAGUGCGUCUCUACUACUCUUUCCAAGACAAGGACAACCUGUAUUUUGUCAUGGAGUACAUCCCCGGAGGGGACAUGAUGAGCCUUCUUAUCAGACUUGGCAUCUUUAAAGAGGAGCUGGCCCAGUUUUACAUUGCAGAGCUCACCUGCGCUGUGGAGAGCGUCCACAAGAUGGGCUUCAUCCACCGAGACAUCAAGCCUGACAACAUCCUCAUAGAUAGAGACGGUCACAUAAAGCUGACCGACUUCGGGCUUUGCACUGGUUUCCGCUGGACCCACGACUCAAAGUAUUACCAGAGUGGGGACCACGUGAGGCAGGACAGCAUGGACUUCAGUAAGGAAUGGGAGGAUCCAGCCAACUGCCGCUGUACGGACCGCCUGAAGCCUCUGGAGAGGAGGAAGGCCCGGCAGCACCAGCGCUGCUUGGCCCAUUCACUGGUGGGGACACCAAACUAUAUCGCACCAGAAGUGCUGCUCAGAACAGGAUACACCCAGCUCUGCGAUUGGUGGAGUGUAGGCGUGAUCUUAUAUGAAAUGGUUGUUGGACAGCCUCCCUUCUUAGCAACCACACCCCUGGAGACACAGCUGAAGGUGAUAAACUGGAAGAGCACGCUGCACAUUCCCCCGCUGGCCAAGCUCAGCGCGGAGGCAUCAGAUCUCAUUGUUAAACUAUGCCGCGGCCCUGAGGACCGCCUUGGUAAGAAUGGCGCGGACGAAAUCAAAGCGCAUCCUUUCUUCAAAAGCAUCGACUUCUCCAGCGACCUCAGACAGCAGGUGGCACCCUACAUCCCUACAAUCACCCACUCCACAGACACCUCUAAUUUUGAUCCCGUGGACCCGGAUAAAAUGUGGAGCAGCGACGGGGAUGAUGAGGACAACUAUAACGACACGCUGAACGUCUGGUUCCGCAACGGAAAGCACCCCGAGCACGCCUUCUACGAGUUCACCUUCCGACGCUUUUUUGACGACAACGGCCAUCCGUACAGCUGCCCCAAGCCCAUCGAGUACGAGGGCUACAACGAGGACGAGGCAGACUCAGAGGGCACGGGGCAGGAGGCGGCCAGCUCCUCAGCGCCACAGGGACGAGACCUGGUCUACGUGUAGUACCCGAGACUCACUGACACGCUUGUACAUAAUGAGUUAAUCGAGUGUGUGUGUGUGUGUGUGUGUGUGAGGGUGUUUGCAAUGGUACUGAAUUUGAAACAUAGGACGUAUGUUUGUAGGAGCAGCUGGAUCACAGUCACAUUAACAGACUGGUUCAAAAACCACAAUCUUAAAGGAACAGUUCAACACUUUUAGGAAAUAUAAUUCUUUGCUUUCUUGCCAAGAGUUGGAAGAUAAUAGAGCUCUAAAUGGGAAGCUGGCCAUCAGUUAGCCAAGCUUAAACUCUAAAAACGGCUUUGUCCAAACUUAAAACCUACCUGUCAGCACCACUAAAGCUCAGGAGACACAGCACUGCAACUCUGUUACCCCAAGGGAGCUUCUUGUUAGACACAAAUGUCCAACACAGGCACACAAACUUUAUUUAUAAAGCACUGUUACACUACAAACCACACUCACACAGCGCUUUAUUUUUUUUUUUGCACUUUUCUAGUUUUUCACACUUUUUCUAUCUUAAACACUUUAGGAUGCAAUUUGGGCUUUGAGGACACGACAAGGACCCAUUACCUAGUACACGGUCUGUGUAAUGUUUUCACGUAAUAGCACAGGUGAAUUCACACAGCUUACGUGUGUGUGUGUGUGUGUGUGUGUGUGUUCUGCUUCCUCCACACUCUGCCUGGUACCUGAAAGUACUGACGGGGGUCCACACCAGAGGAGACUGUCAGUGGCGUAACGAUGUAAGCGUGCCACUUUGAGGUGAGUGAAGCAGCUAUCGGUGAGAGUGAAGGAUGCCACUGAUUGAUACGUGAGGGAAAUGAAAAAUGCACUACAAGGUUGCCUAGGGAACCAGGGCCACAAAAUUAAAACCACUUACAGGUGAGGUAACCUGUUAAUACAGUGUGUUUUAUUUGGACAUUACUUUGACACAAACUGCCUGUCUGAAAGUUGUUACACACUAAUCAACUUUAGGAUCUGCUGCUACCUGACACCGCAGGACGAGAGUUCGUCAUGUUUGGAAUGCCGUUCAGUUGGAAAAUCGAAAAGAAAAAGAAAUCAUAUCUCGACUCUAAAGCGUUUAGAUCUUAGCUGCACUGCAGCAGCUGCUUGUUUUCUAACCAGAGUAAAAUGAAAGAACAGCUCUGUUUUUACACCUUAAACAAAAAGGAUAUACCCUUUUUUAGGUCGGGGGAAAAACUGCAGGCGGUGAUGGAUUUAAAGUGCAGCCUUUCACCUUUAGUUCAGGGGGAGGAACACAAUCACUCACAUGAAUUGUUAAGGAAUUACAGCCAUUUUUAUAGCCCUGUUUUCAGGUGCUCAAAUGUGAAUAACACAAUCAUAAAAUGUUCAAGUGUUCAUGUUUCUGUAGAAAAUCCUUUGCUGCCUGAUGUCAUGGACAUCACAGAUUAAAGAGCUGUUAUUCCUAAACACUACUUCCAAUUUGGUUUUUAAUACACUCAAAUUAAGCCUGAGAGUCUGCGCUUUAAGCCCAUAUAAAAUCUAUACCUGUAAUUUGAAUGUGGGGGUUCUUUUUUUUUUCUAAGCCGUUAAAAUAAUUACAAAUAUUUAGUCCCUAACUGUAAAGCAUUGAGCUUCACAGGUGCUGUAGGUGGAUUUGGUUAACUUUUCUCAGAGCCAGGCCAGCUGCUCUAGUAUCCUCCUCCUACUUCUGGCAUGUAUUCCAGAAUUUUGUUUUUUGUUUUUUCCUAUUUUUAAGGUGUGACAUAUGCUGCCUAAACGUCAUAGGAGGAAUGGACAGCAAAAAAAAAAGUGGGGGGGGGGGGG